GCACUCUUAUCGUGUACUGUAUUUUUAUUGUUGUGUAACGUUCUUAUCCGCCCCCUACUGAACAAGUGUGGAAAAAAGAGCGCUAUAGCUCAUCGGAUUCCUCCAGUAUAACUAUUCUGAUGCAGGCUUCGAGGGGGGGGGUGGCAUGGGAGCCGAAGCACCACGGGACAAUGAGGGCAUUUUCAUUCGUUUGUAAUGCAGCGUGGCAACGUGUCUACGGCUACUUGGGGGGGGGUGAUGGGCUGAACAUAUUCCAAAGUACUGGCUUUGCAUCGGCGUUGGCCUGGUACAGUACUGUGUAAGGGAUUUAACGUUGAGUACACCAGCAAGUGUUUAAAUGCGGGUUUAGCAAUUGAGUUAUAUUUACAUACGAUUAAUUAUUACCACUCAACCGCACGCCUUGCUCGAAGCACAAUGGAGGUUGUGGCAAAAAUGCGCAAUUUAUUAACUGCUUCUAAGUGUACAAAUUCCUGUACGAUUCAAUGGAUUCAAUGGAUGCAAUGGAGUUUCACAACAUACAAGCUGAGAGUCAAGUUCAGCGAAUUACUCGCGAAUUGCAUGUUUGGUCAAAAGGAGAAACGGACCCUGAUGGGCAUUCGAAGGGAGUAUUGGGACUACUUUCACGACUGUCUUGCCAAACAGAAAGGAGCUAAUGAUGGAAUCCGUUUCGUCAAGUCGAUCCCUGAGUUGAAGACUGCGAUCGGAAAAGGAAGGGCAUUUAUUCGGUACUCACUCGUUCACCAGAGGCUUGCAGACACUCUUCAGCAGUGCUUCACGAACAAGCCAGUUACCAGUGACUGGUACAGCACAAAGAGCCCUCUGGUCAAGAAAGAGUUGGUGACGGAGAUGAUUAGCCACUUGUAUGAGUUAAACCAGCUCCCUUUCGACCUCGCACCCAGAGGAUACGACCUCGAUGCAGAAUGGCCAUCAUACGCACGGAGGGCACUUGGAGCUUCAGCAUCACCAGCUCAGCUCUGGAAGGCUCCAAGUCGUAGCUCCAGCAUUAACAGCCUAGCCAGCAGCUUUUCACCAAUGCACAUGGAGGCCUAUGCCAAGCACGACUCUGCUUUCAUGCAGCCACUGGACACGCCCGGCAAGCUGGACGCCACCGCUCACGGCCACCUCUACCUCGAUCAUCCCGUGCUCCAGCUGCACCACAACGCGGAGCAGCAGGCUCUGGAGGAGCAGGUGGAGAGCUUGCAGAUCCACCUGGACCAGGCCGAGUUGCGGCUGAGACGGGAGCAGGAUCGCUCCGACGCUCUGGAGGGCGAGCGGCGGGACGUGCAGGCGACGGCGCUGCUCGCCGAGCGGUCCUUGCUGCAGGCGGUGGACGACGCACGCAGGGACAAGCGGGGGCUGUUGCAGGAGAACGAGGCACUCCAGCUGAGGCUGUGCGAUCUGCAAAAGAUGCUCGACGAGAGCAAGCGGGACGUCGCCAUGCUCGAGGGGAAAGUGUCGAGCUUGGAAAAAGACGCCGCGGCGUGCGAGCCGCGCGCCGAUCGCGCUCGGGCGGAGACCGCUUUCCUGCAGGGCGGUGCUCCGAUUCACCCCGACGUUGCGGUGUGCGAUCCCGAAGGUGAAGACAAUGUCGGGGCACUUGCCUUGACAGCAGAGGACAGGCGUCAGGGUGAAGUGUUGGAGGGUAAUCGAAGCGACUUUGACCCGAUGGCUCGGAGUGAAAUUGCCAAGCUACGCUGCCAGCUUGAACUGUCAGAGCAGCAACUGCAAUGGAGGCAAGCUGACGUCACUCGGCUGACGACAGAGGUGGGCGAGUUGCGCUCCCGGCUUGGCGUUUCCAAGGAGGAGGUUCAGAAACUCAAGAGGAGUGCGGCGGAACAAGCUCUUUCCAGCAAAAUGCAGAGGCAGGAGUUGGAGAGCCUCAAAGUGGAUCUGGUGAAUGUAAAUAGAGUUCAUGUUGAGCAACUUCUGCAGAUGAAGGAAGAGCUUGGGGACCUCGAGAAAGAGAGGGAGUUUUUGCUGAAGAAAAAAUCCGAUUACGAGCUAAAGCUGUUGUCAAAUGAGGAGGAAAAUCUUCAGCUCUCUCAUUGUUUGGAAGAGUAUGAAAGGAAGAAUUUGGAGUUUGAAGAGCGCUUGUAUAAAGCUCACGAAGAGGCUGACGAGCUUCGUUCCCAAAUUUCUCAAAUAGCGUCCGAAAAGGACCUAUUGGUGGAAAAAAUUGAUUCAACGAUUUCCGAAUUUACAAUGAGCGUGCAGCAACAUGGACAAGAAUCGGAGGAGUUGAAGCUGGAACUUGAGAGACUAACUGGGGAAAACACAGCAUUGAUGGAGCACGUGCAGAGCCUGCAGUGUCUGAAGGAAGCAAAUGAUGACCUGCAAACUCACCUGGAGAAGACCAAGGAGAAAAUUCACAUGCUGCAGGAAUCCCAACGUCAAGAGCUGUCAUCCAUGAAGUUUAAAAUGAGUUUGGAAAUAAUCGAUUUCCAGACUCGAUUAAAGAAACACACAGAAGAGAAUGAGAAAUUAAAAAGUGGCAACAGCAACAAGGAUACGGUCAUUUCCAAUUUAAAUGCCAAGGUGAAGACACUAAAGGCUGAUUACCAGCUGCUUCAGGACCUGUCGAUAGCUCAGGAAGAGAAUUUCAACGAGCAGCUGCGGGAGCGGCUAAAGAAAGAAGAGGAAGGAAUUGGCCUGAGGAAGGCGCUGGACAGGCAAUUCGGCUCCUGGUUCUCUUUCAGUGGUAACACGAAUUUGCAACGAAUAGACAGGUGUAAGGAAACGCUUGAAUCUGAACAAAAGGAUCAUAAGAAUCUCAUGAAGGAGCUGGCCAUUGUGAAGAGCAGAGCGGAGGAGGAAGAGAAGAACCUUCUUUCAGAGAUUCAGGAGCUCAAGGAGACAAUGGCAAACAUGUCAGACCGACUCAUAGAACUGCUCAAAGACAAGGAUGUGCUGUGGCAGAAGAGCGACAUGUUGGAGUUUGAGCAACGGCUGCGUGCAGAGGAGCGCUUUGAGAAGGACGUUGGAGCGCAGCACUGCCUCGACUGCAAGAACGAGUUCUCCUGGAUGCUGCGCCGCCACCACUGCCGGCUGUGCAGCCGCUCCUUCUGCUACUACUGCUGCAACAACUGGGCAUCGCUGAGGACGGGCGAGAAGAAGGAGCGCGUUUGUCGCUCGUGCUUCGCGUGCCACGGCCCCUCCGCCCUCGGGGGGGGGACGCCCAGUCCCUCCGAGUCGCCCUCGACGGCGUCCAACCCACUGGUCUCGCCGGCCGGUGAACGACCUGCACCUGAUGAUUUAAAUUUUGACAUCAUCACCGAGGAAGAGGUUGGUGAAAGCAGUCAAUUGGCAUCGCCAUCUGAGAAUGAGGAAGCGGAAAAAGAUGUCUCAAUCGAUCGCACUGCGGAAGAGUCCCAGCCUGCCCCCUUGGCCUUGGAACCAGAGAUUCUACUUCUCAAGAACAGCGACCCUUCGUUUAACGUGCCCCUGAGUCCCGAGGAUGUGCGUUGCUUCGGCGAGUGCCGGCGCGAGCUGCACGUCAAAGCGGGAGCCUACGCGGUCAUCACGAUGAACGUGACCGAGAGCGGCCUCAGCCUGGCCUGGGAGUUCUCUUCCGAGAACCGCAACGUGUCUUUCAGCGUGGUGUGGCGCGACAGGCCCGAGCAGCCCGUGGAGAGUUCCGUGGUGCUGAUUCCGCUGACGCGCUGCAAUUCGCACCUGCAGCUGGUUCAAGGCCAGCUGAAGGCGAGGAGGCCUGGCCUUUAUCUGCUGAUAUUCGACAACAGCUUUUCACGAUUUUACGGGAAGAAGGUGUCCUACCACUUGACGGUCAGCAAAACGCUCAUGUACGAUGGCACUGACGAGACGGACCCCUGAUGAGCUCCGUCGGCAGAGAGGUGGCCACCUGCUUAAGAAUUCGACAUCCAUGCACUGCAUGUUUCCCCAUGCUCGCAAUGAACCAGGUUGCUUUAAACAAUCUCUUUAUCGUCCUCUUGCCAUAUGUUUGCGUUCGCAUUGGGGCUUUGCCCAUGGUUUCCUCUUAACAUGUUGUUGUCACAAACACAGUCGUACGUGCAAUUACAAUUUUAAGAUCUUUCCCACCUUGGCUUGUUGGCUUCCUGCAAUUGCUUUCACUGGAUUCGUUCGGUUAGCGCAGGGUUUGGCAGCCAGCGGCUCCAGAGGCACAUGCGGCUCUUUAUGGACUUCUUCUUGACGUUAGUUGCAUGCAUUGUGGUUCUUGAAAUAUUUACGUCUUUUUUUUUCCCGAAUUCGAAAAAAAAAUGCCCCUUUUUAUUUUGUUUGUCGACCCCUGAGGUGGCAUGUUAGGCAUUUCUGUAUGUUAACGCCCGUGUAGAAGUGGGAGAAUCAGCUUAUGGGAUAAUGAUUUCUAGCGCAUAUGGGUGAUCUUCAUGCUGCUGCUCUUCAAUAUACCAGUCUCCGCAAUAACGGGGAUACGUAUUUUUCCACACUAUAAUUUUACCCAUUUCGUGUGACCCCUGGAGAAUGAAAUCUCCAUGAUCUAAAAAUGACAGCAUUUUACUCUGUGGUAAAUAACUGGCAAGUCAGCUGGUGUUAUCACACCCAACAAUAGGACAGCCACGUGUAAAAUAAAGGAAAAUACACUUUUAAAAGUUUUGUGUGGCGUUAACAAUCCUGUAUAUGUAAAACAUUUCUCGAUACAAUGCACAUUUCAACCAAAAGGGUGUAUAUUCAACAGCGUUGACGCUUUUACAGCUGGUCCCACUGUUAAUCAACACUUGGCUAUUGAUCAGCAUUAGCCAAGCGCUUGUCACAUUAUUCAUACGAGGGAGGUGAAUUCUGCGUGCAAACUUUGCACAUCUGUAUCGCAUACGACUAAGUGUACUAGUGUAGUGGUUAGCCUGCUACGAAACCAGCAACCCGAGUUCGAUUCCUGCUCAUGGCCAACAACAAUGACGAUUAUCUGACUGGUCACUGGCCUCCCCUAGGUCCACUCAGCCUUAAAUGAGUACCUGGUGCGAUGUGCAAACAUCACCACUGGGGAGACAAAAGCAGCUGGGCGUGGUGUUGGCCACCCACCCCCUCGUGUGCCGUGCCGGCCUUCAUAGGUGCUCACUAACAGCACUUUCCCCAAGUCUGUUCAGGCUAUCCGGGGGAUUUUUGUCUUUGUACUCUCAUGGCAACAUUGUGAAAAUACUGGUGUGUCCAUCACUACGUUAAUGUUAAGAAAUGCUGCAUCAGUUUUUAAACUAAAUAUAUACUUUGUGUGUAAAACUAAUAUAAUAAUAAUACGUAGCUUAAAGCUGUAAUCGUCUGGACUUUAUACUGCAUGUUUUAUGAACUGAUGUUUUGUCGUCGUUGGAUGAUGUGCUUGGUGUCAAUGAGAGGACGAGGUUAGCGUGGCAAAUCGGAUGUGGCCCAAUGGGGGCAGCCAGUUAUACAACUGCUUGCAAAAGGGCAUUUGCUGGUGGGGCAUGGUACAUGGCCAGAUCAAGGAGCGUACACACUUGCUGCGAUCACUGUAAGAUAAGGCUCAUCAGUCCUCGGUCCCGAGUCCACUCGGUCGUCGUUGUACAUUGAGCAUGUGGUUGAAGUUACGAUACGUUUGGCAUGGGGAAGCCCCCACUUGCUUUUCAACGUAUGAAAACAAAAUUCAAUGUGGGCAAUACUCUUACGAAGAGAAAUAUGAGUAAACAACAGUACAUAGGUGUGUUGUAAAUGUGCAAACGGAAUAUGUAUUGUAUAUAGUUUAUAUCUAGUAUAUCUGGUAUUUUAGAUACAGGCACGUAAUAUACUUUUCUACGUGUGGGACUUUAUGCGAGUCAUUUGUGAAUUUUACAUAGAUACUUUUUUAAAGUACCGUUUCUUGCACUUGUUUGUGGUGUAUACUACCUGCAUGAUGGUCUGUUGGUGAAAUGUCUUUGUUGAUUGUGUUAUUUUUCCGUCGCAUAACACAUGUGCAAUGAGUGUUUUGCCCGUUUUAAUUUAACUGUGUGUGCUGCUUCGAAAUAAAGUGUAUCCAUUACAUCGG